AUGGCAGCGCCCAUGGAUGAGAACUAUUUGAGAAACCGUUUAGGGAAGUCAGCUGCUUUUGACGCCAAUGGAACUGAUAUAGAACAUGACAAUAAGAAAUCUGCCAAAAGAAAAGUCAAUGGAGCUUAUCUAUUUACUUGCGUCUUCGUAUUUUACCUUGCAAUAUUCAUAUUUGUGCGGUUUCGUUCAUUUUCAUUUCCUCUUCCGAAAAGCCAAGAUAAACACUCCCCGAAGGAUGUGUUUUAUGAAACUAAUGCUAGAAUUCAUUUGAAGGAAUUUUCCUUACACGGACCUCGGGUUGUAGGAAGUGAUGCUAAUGAAGUUUAUGCAUAUCAGUACAUUUUAAAGCAGUUGAGGACAAUUCAAACAGAAAAAAAUCCACUCAAGGACAUCCUUAUUGAUGAGCAAAAUGCAACUGGUUCAUUUGAUAUAGAAUUUUUAUCUGACUUUGUAAGUGUAUAUAGAAACAUUAAAAAUGUUGCAGCAAUGGUAAAAUCAGAAACAGGAUCAAAACACAGCUUGCUGAUGAGUUGCCAUUUUGACAGUUCCAUUGACAGUCCAGGCGCUGGAGAUAAUGCAAUUAGCUGUGCUGUAAUGAUAGAAGUCUUAAGAGUAUUUUCCCAGAUGAAAGAAAAAAUCGACCAUAAUAUCAUAUUCCUGUUCAAUGGGGCUGAAGAAAACCUAUUACAGGCAAGUCAUGGGUUCAUUACAAAACAUCCUUGGGCAAAGUCCAUCCGAGCCUUUGUUAACAUUGACUCAGCUGGGGCUGGAGGCUGGGAAGUUGUCUUUCAAACAGGUCCCUCCCACCCUUGGCUGGUGCGGGCGUAUGCAGAGUCUGCUCCCUACCCGAGUGGCUCCAUCAUGGGACAGGAAAUGUUCCAGAGUGGCAUUAUUCCUUCAGACACAGACUUCCGUAUCUACAGAGACUUUGGUGAAAUACCAGGAUUGGACAUUGCGUACAUUACGAAUGGUUAUGUGUACCACACACAGAAUGACAAGACCAGAUACAUCCAACCAGGCUGUGUACAAAGGGGAGGUGAAACCCUUCUGGCUCUACUAAAGAAGCUGUCCUCCUCCUCCCACCUGAUAGACCCGGGGGAAGACAAACACGGAACCAUGAUCUUCUUUGACUUUGUUGGAUAUGUGAUGAUCUUCUAUCCACAGAGCGUUGCUGUUAUGAUCAACAGCGCGCUUGUGGCCACAAUUGUGUUCAGAAUUCUACGCAAGACAUUAAACAUGGUCCCGUCAGAUCAACAGGAUCCCAAGUACCUGAAAAACCUACUGACGGCAGUGGUGUGUUUGGUGUUGACCUGGGUUGCUAUGGUGAUGACGUGUGUUGCCAUGGCACUGGGGAUUACCUUGCUAGGGGGAAACAUGAGCUGGUUCACACACAACUACAACCUUGUCCCCCUGUAUGUCCUUCCAUCCAUCAUUGUCAUCAUUCUCCUACAAGACACCUUUCAUAAUACUAUUUUUAAGAACAACAGUAUGUGGUACAAUGAGCAGGUGUUUUUUGAGGCGACACUGAGUGUGUGGAGCAGUCUCCUGCUUUUGAUGACCUUGAAGGGUAUUGGCAGCGCCUUCAUGCCCAUGUUAUAUGUGCUGGGGCCUCUAGUGGUCAGGGACAGGACAAUGUGGGCUUCCAAGGCAUGGAACUGGAGAGACCAGCCAUGGAGUUUUGUGGCCCUGCAUUUGUUAUCCCUGCUGGUUCCAGUCCUAAUGACGAUCUAUGCGGGCCACGCUGUGUUUGUUCUCUUCAUCCCCAUAUUUGGCAGGACGGGAACCUCUGUCAAUGCUGAUGUGGCUAUAGGGGCGCUGUGUGCCAUACUUCUUGUGCCUCUCACUGGAUACUUGGUGAGCUUAUGUUACCUGUGCCAUGGUUUGAGGCGUGUGUGUGCGGUGCUGGGGGGAGUCUCUCUUGUGUGGUUGGCAGUCAUUUUGCUAACACCGCUGGGGUUCCCGUACAGCGCAGACCUAGAGCAGCCAUCGCCCAUGAGACUCCUUGCCUUGCAUUCAGUGCGCCGAUCACGUGACUCCAGUGGGACAGUGGUGCACGAGGACUCGGGGAUUCUACUGCUGCCAUUUGACUAUAGUAACAACACACACCUUGUUAAGGCCAUUCCCAGGCUAAGUGAGGCAAAGGACAUAGAUUGUGAACUGGGUCCAUAUUGCGGGGUUCCAUAUCUCAUUCCUAUCAUCAGUAUGAUACAUCCAAAACACAGCUUAUACUUGCCAGUGAAAAGUCACACUAGACCUCCGGUACAGUGUGUCCUCACCAAGAAACAGUAUGAGCAGUCUUCAGGCUAUACCAGGCUCGACUUUGACAUCUCAGGACCUGACCACUUCACAGUGCAGGUACGGCCCCAUGCAGGUGUUAGUCUGGAGCGCUGGAGUGUGAGUGAAUAUGUUCCGGAGCCUGCAGCCAUGCCACAUGAUGUUAACGAGACCACAUACUUUGUGUAUUACUCACACGGUCAGAAGCCUGAUGGGCCAUGGCAGUUUUCUAUCUACCUAAAGACUGCUCCUGGACAUGACGAGUCAAAGGGCCUGGUUGACAUGGGUCUGUCCGGUCACUACCUGCACAGCGCUGAGAAACACACGAAGGAGAUGGACGCCUUCCUGGCCGAGGCCCCAAACUGGACGACUUCUGUCAGCUGGGCUGCAACAUGGGACGGAUACGUGUUUUAAUAUCAAGAUUUGGUCAUCAAAAUAAUAAAUAGAUGUUUGGAAGAACAAGUCCAAAUUCAUUCCUUUCUGCUUAGGUUUAAAAGAAGGGAAAACCCUGGAUCUCAAAUUCCAUAUUUUUUUAUGAGCCAAAUAAACACUUAACGGGUGUUGGGCUUAUUGGCUUAUGCUUAUUCUGCAGCUGUUAAUUGUUGAAUGUGACACCAAAAGAACAUAGGACAUUUUUAAUGACAAAAUAUAUUAAAAUGUGUUUGGACCUUGAUUACUUGAUAUUAAAUAGAUUGGUUUUGUUCAUUUGUUCAAUUUUGCAGAACCAUAUAAUCAAUGCACUAUUAACUUUAUGUCUACUGAAGAGUGGUGUUUUCUGAAUUGAAGCUAUCACACAAUCUAUCACUGCCUAGAUAUACGGGUUCGUGACAUCUUCACAAUGUAUAUCCAUUACAUAUUUUAUGAAUUAAAAUAACUGUUUGCUGAAUGAAUGUGCUUGAGUGCUUGAAAAUAUUAGACACAAGUGUACUAGGGCAUAGAUGGGUAAAAGUUUUGAACCAUACCUAAUUGUCAAUUACUCACGGGUAUCCAUUUACAUUCCACACCAUCAAAUAAACAUGACAUAGAAUAAUAAAUACACUGUUUCUUCCCUAUUUUAAAUCAUUGUGAAGUAACCAUAUCUUAUGAAACAAAUGCAGUUACAAACAUUUUUGUUUGUUUGUCCAAUGAAAAAUUGGAAUGUUGUCUGUUUAUGUGGACUCUAGUCACAAAUCCUAGGGAAUGUCGUCUAUGACAAGGCACAUGGAGGAGAAACCCUCCUUUCAUUCAUUUCAGGCGAUAAAGUUGAUGUAAAGUCAAAUAAAAAGCACCAAACAUUAUUUGGUAUUGCUGUAUUGGUCAGGUUUCUUGUACCAAUACAUACCAAGCAAUGAGUACUUGUCCAAGUGUUCAUGUAGUUAACAUGACUGCCAUAAAAGAAAAAUCUUUGGAGAAAUUUGAGAAAAAUCUUCAUGAAAUUUAUGCCUUUGUUUUUGCUCAUCUAGUUUUUCUAAGAAAAAGAAGGCAAGAUAUUGUCAAGGUUUCCCACACGACACAAGACAACACGCUUGUGUAUGUGAUUUAAUAUAAUCGUUUUCUUAAUUGUUGUAAAAUAAAUAAGCAAGACCCAUCACUAGGGCUAAAAACAUUUUAGAAUUAUGACCAUUGAUUGACUUUGAAAUUUACAAGUGUUUGCAUCCUACUGCUCAGACUGUUUGCAUCUUACUGUUCAGACCAUCGGAUAUAACAUAUUGAUACAAUACUGAAAAAGGUAUGUAUGCAUAUUUGUUACUGAUACAUGCACAUAUAUUUUAAUAGAUAUGAAUUCCAUGUUACCGUUUUGUUUUCAUAUUUUGAUGGUAGUUAAAAUUGUUAUACAUUAUGAAUAAUAUAUAUAUAUAUAUUUUGAUGAAAGAAUAUGUACAUAAAAUUAUGGUAGCUCAUUUACUUACUUUUUCACAAAAAUACCUAUUUUGAUGGCAAAUAUUAUUUAUAUAUUUCAUACCAAGAUAUUUUUGAUGAUAAUUUUAUUUAUUAGUGAGACAAACUUCAAUGCAGAUAUUGUUACUGGUAUAUUGUUAUAGCAAGAUAUACAUUUAUUUGUUACUGAUACAUUACUUUUAUUGACAUGUUUUGGCAUAUUUUCAGAAAUGCUCAAAAUCUAAGCAGGGAGAACUUUUUUGUAAUAAAUACAUAUCAGUGCCUUAAAGGAACUCAUUCAUCGAUUUUAUGUAACCGGCUAUUUUGUAAGAUUUGCUCAAAUUGAGCAAUUUUAUUUUAUUUAUAUGAACAAACACCAAUUUGCAACUGGCAAAUAUACAUUAAAACAGAAUUCUGUAAAUUAAUUCUAAAAUGAUUCAAAUUUCAAAAGAGCUUCUAACACUUUUUUGCAAAAUAAGACAAGUAUUUUAGUAUUUUAUUAAUUCAUAACAGAAGGGUUCUAAUUUGGACUUUUGAUGAUGUUUGAUCAUAAUAACAAGCAUUUUGAUCACAUUUUACAUAUUUUAUUUUUUAUUUUUUGACUCUUUAAAAUGUAAAAUAGCCCAUUUAAACAUGUAUAAAUGUUGUUCGAAAACAUUGUGAAAGUGCUAUUUACCAUAAUUACCUGAUGUGUUAUAUAAAUACAAAUCAGUUAAUUUCCAGUCAACAGUAUGAACUGUUUCCCUGUCACGCUUUGAUAUCAUUAGAAUUUCUAAAAAAAAUAAAAAAAAUUAGGGCGUUUCAUUACCCGGUAACAUUUUUUUAAUGUUUUUAUCACUUUGUUCAAAUAAAUAUUUGAUCAGGUAAUAAAACAGUUAUUUCCUUUUUUUAAGAUAAUCUUUUGAUUAAGUAAUAAAACAGUUAUUUCAUGGUUAUUUUAAAAACUUUUGAUCAAGUACCCCCUGUAAUAAAAGUUCAAACAGUUAUUUCAUGGUUAUUUGGGUAACAGCCAAAACUGUUGCCCCAAGGUGGAAGGGUUAACAUCUGAACUGUUGCCUGAGGUCGAAAGUUAAUUUGAUGGUAAUUUCCCCAAGAAAAAAACUAACUAUCAGAAAUGUGACUCAUGUCUUAUCAAACAUACUGCUUAACUUUCAAACUGUAUUAAUUAUAUUAUACAAAUUGCUAUUUCCAAUCUCCUAUCCCUGUAUCCUCUGAAACUUUUAAACAUAUGUGAGUAUGUAAUGUUUACUUUUAGUUGUCCCGAUGUAUUGAUUUCUUUUUAUUUUCUCGAUUUUACAUUUUAUUAUAAACGUAAACUGCACUGACUUUCUUAUUUGAGAUGCCAUGACAUGUUUUGUCCAGAUGUCUUUUAUUUGUCAAUUUAAAAUUAACAAAUUUCAUUGGGGCCUUAUGAAGUGUGCCACACUUAUGAUCAUGGAACUUAAAAUAUAUUAAAAUCUUUGUAUACGUGUUUCCAAUUAGGCAUAGAAAAAAAAUUUCACUGCAGUAUGUCUCCAUGACUUUUGUUUAUUUUCCCAAAUGUUCAAUUUGUUUUGUUAUUUUACAUGUAUUUUUGCUUUUUUGCCAUUAUGCUUUAAAUCAAACAAUUUUCGCUUUUAAUUAAUGUUAAUGUGUCAGAGAUUGGAACUCGGGUCAACAAAAGGAAAAGCUGAUUGGUUUCACAUUCACGUGAAAGGUAAAGCUAUACUAGUAUGUAUUUAGUCUGGACACACUCCCAAGUUUGUGAUAAUGAAUAGCUUUUUCAACCUCCACAGCUUUAUUUUUGUACCAUGCAUUUAAUGAGCGAAAUGAUCUAUCUGACUUAUAUUUGAUAGUAUAUGAUUUGCAUAAAAUCAAUACUUGAUAAUAGAUACCAAGUUUUCACAAUUUUACUUUAUAAUGUGUAUAUAUUUUAUGUUGCCAUACAUAAUUUUUAAGUUGUAUGACCUGUUAUAACAUCCUUUGAUGUACAAUGAUUGGGCCAGAGGCCACAUAUCAAAAUAAACAUUCUAUGCUAUCCAUAUUAAAUUUUUCAGCAUUGAGGCACCUUGAUGACUCUUUCUGAUCAUUUCUUGAACAAAUGUAAAUUCUAUCACAUUUUAAACCUAUUCCUUAAUUUUAUGCGGGUAACUUAUCAUAAUAUUGAAUUUCUUGUAGUGUUAGCUUGUACCGAGAUCCUAAUGUUAAUAAACCAUUCCAUCUUUGCACAUAUAUAAUUUUUGCCUUUUAUAGUGAUACAUAUUUUUUCUGUUCAAAAUUACUCAGUGUUCUUUAUGGGCAGUUAAAUAUGUAUUUUUUUGUCAUUUUAAAUUUUGUUGUCUUUGCACUUAUAUUCGUUUUUAAUAAACACAUGCAAUAUACCUGA